UUNUCAUCAGUAUGGUACAACUUAAGAGUACCACAUCCAUGCAGAGAAGUACCAAUAAUUGAUUAUGAUUUAGCUCUACUUUUUCAACCUAUGAUCAUGCUAGGAAUCACCAUUGGUGUUUCUCUUAGUAUUGUUUUCCCCUAUUGGCUCAUAACUGUCCUUAUUAUCAUCCUUUUCUUAGGGACUUCAUCGAGGUCAUUUUUUAAAGGGAUUAAGAUGUGGAAAGAAGAAACUAUUCUCAAGAAAGCGAGGGAAGAGGCUACAAUUAAUUCUAAUGGUGAACUUGUAAUUGAUACAGAUUAUGAGCAACUGGUCCCCAAGGAGGAAAAAACUGUACUACAACUUAUGAAGUUCAACCUUGAUUUAAAGAGAGUAGUUCUGUUAUUUCUACUUUGGAUCAUAUUUCUGCUUCUUCAAGUCUUUAAGAAUAAUCUAGUGGCUUGUAGUCCAUUCUACUGGGUGCUCAUCUUAUUACAGUUCCCAGUAGCAUUGGCUGUGUUUUUGUAUGAAUGUGUCAAACUUUACAAAGAGAGCACGAAAAGAAGACUAGCAGGGAACCCAAUAUCAGUUUGUGAAGCUGACAUUGAAUGGUCAGUGACAAAUCUUGUAUUUUGUGCUUUUUGUGGCAUAUUGGGAGGAACUGUUGGUGGCUUGCUUGGCUCUGGUGGUGGAUUCAUUCUUGGCCCUCUUCUUCUUGAAAUCGGCGUCAUCCCACAGGUAGCUAGUGCCACAGCAACUUUUGUGAUGAUGUUCUCAUCAUCUUUAUCUGUGGUAGAGUUUCAUCUUCUCAAGAGGUUCCCAAUACCUUAUGCUCUGUUCCUGAUGAUGGUUUCUGUAGUGGCUGGAUUCUGGGGACAAUUUUUUAUUAGAAAAGUUAUCACAAUAUUAAAGAGAGCAUCAAUCAUUGUUUUCAUCCUCUCUGGUGUCAUUUUUGCUAGUGCUCUUACAAUGGGGGUGAUUGGAAUAGAAAAGAGCAUUACAAUGAUACAAAACCAUGAGUUCAUGGGAUUCUUGGAUUUCUGCAGCAGUCAAUAGUUGUAUACUAAUAUUUGCAAAAAUUAGUAAAACUAAAAAAAGUUAGAGUAGCAAAAGCAGAAGCAGAAUUGGCCAAUGUCUAAUUGACCAAUCCAUUUAGAAGUGUGAAGAAUUAAUUAUAGCAAAAAGAAUGGUUUUUUCGGGGGUGAUAUAUAGUGUGUCUCAGAGUUAGCUAGUGCCAACACCAGCACCCACCACUAUUUCCAUUUGCUUUUAGAAAUGGUACUCGGUACUCGGUACGAAUAAAUUUUUACCAUUUUUGUGUAUGU